AUGUCUCAAACGCUGAAGCCACAGUCGCCACCCAGCGUCACAGAAGAGUCCUACUGUAGAAUACACCUGGAGCUGCUGAAGCUGUUCUGUGAGGAUGACCAAAUAACAAUUUGCAGCAAAUGUUUCCAGUUGCCAGUGCACAAGCAUCACCUGGUUUAUGAGAUACAUGAGGCUGCUGAGAAUUACAGGAAGUUAUUCAAGGAAACACUGCAUAUGUUGAAGGGGAAACUUGAAGUAGCUAAAAGUAUAUUGGCUGAUGAGCAAGAAAGAAUGGUGAGGAUUCAGGAAGAAGAACAGAGUUUUAAAAAGAUGGUGGAGGCUGAGUAUAAGAUGAGAUUCCGGUUACUGAGAGAAGAGACUGAUCUGAAGUACCCGAGACAGCCAGCAUGCAAAUUCGACCAGAACUUGAAUGAAGCUGGUCAGAAUCAACUUGGUACAGAGCUAGAGCAGAAGUCCCAGGAAACACUACAGAGACUGAACCGUCUGGGGAGAGAGAACAUGAGUAAACUGAAGGCAAGUGAAUUCCAAGUUGCUGAACAGCUCUGCUCCCUCCAGAGGAUCACCACAGAGCUGGAGAAGAAGUGCGGUGAACCUGUCUUCACAUUGCUUCAGAAUGCAAGAUAUAAUUUAGAAAGGAGUGAGUCCCUACUACUUCAGAGCCUAGAGCCUGCUGAGAUCACAGACUUGAGUUCAUGCCUGAUACAAGGAAUGAGCAAAGUUCUAAUGGUGUUCCAAAGACAUAUAACUUUGGACCCAGAAACUGCUCACCCUUGCCUGGUGUUAUCUGAGGACCUGAAAAGUAUGAGACUUGGAAAUACACCACCAAGUGUGCCUGAUACCCCAAGGAGGUUCGACUUCGGUGCCUCUGUGUUGGCUGCAGAGAGUUUCCUCUCAGGAAGGCACUAUUGGGAGGUGGCUGUAGGACAGGCAUCAAAUUGGCAAUUGGGCAUAUGUGACUGUGUAGGGAGAAAGAGCAAUAGGCCUCAGGUUUCUGGAGAUAAGGUCUUGCUCAUGGGAUCAAUGAUGGGGGCUGAUUACACCUUCUGGAUCUUUCCUUCUUUAAGAAAGAUCUGCCUGAGGAAAAAAAUGUACAAAGUGGGAAUCUUUGUAGAUUGUGAUCAUGGGCAGAUGUCAUUCUACAAUGUGACAGAAAGCUCCCUUAUUUAUAAUUUCUCUGAUCUUACCUUCCAAGGAGCAGUUAGACCUGUAUUCUCUCUUUGUGUUCCAAACGGAGACAUGAAUUCAGACUCUCUUACUAUCUGUCCCCCUCACACUCCUUCCUGA